AUGUUCUUCAAGACUGUUGCUGCUGCCACCACCGCCGCCGCUGUGCUGGCUGUUGGUGUCGCUGCUGAUGGUCGUCCUUCAAACACCUCCAUCUGUGACUAUUACACCACUGCUCUGUUGACCAACAACACUGCUGCCAACCAGAUGACUCUCUUGACUCUCGUUGUGAACACUGCCGUUAUUGGUAACUACACCAAGCCAAAUGUCGGCAUUUCUGUCCCAGGUAUUCUCGCAAAGGGCACGUACAACGGCACUGCGGUCAACCUCGCCCCAUACUUCAACGGUGGCCUUGCUUCCACAAACACUGGAGGCAGCGUUGGUCGUUCGGUCAACUUCCUUGACGGUGGUGGAGCUGCUCCUCUGAUGAAGAACAUGCCAGCCAUGGACAACACUUCCAACCAAUACACUCUCAUUACUCACUUGUACGAGUACUUUGGCGUCCUCCUUGGAUGCUCCAUGCAGGGUGGUGGUGAUUACCCCGGCUACACUGGACACGAAUCCAUGUACAGCGUGCACAAAUUCAUGGAUCUAUCUGCUGCUGAAGUCGGAUACUUCAUCCAGCAAGUCGCCAUGUCCGCUGCUUCUUUCGGUGUCGCCCAAGACGACCUCACCGUCGUUGGCAAGGCCCUAAGCAGCACCUUUGAUGUCAAGUGCGCCCCACCCACCGCUGUGAUCAUGUCGCAAGGCCCUCAACUUCAGAGCAUCUGCAUUGACGAGACCUGCGCAUUGGCUGUUAACUCAACCUGCGACAUGUACAACGGUACAACCGUGAAGCCAACAGUCGCCAAUGCUACUCUUGCCGGAAACACCACCGCCAGCUCUACCGCCAGCUCCACCACAAGCCCGUCUUCCUCUUCCACCUCUACUAGCAAGUCAGGUGCCGUUGCCGUUGGCAUGAGCUUUGCUGCUAUUUUCGGUGGUCUCGCUGCUUUCUUCUUGUGA